AUGGCCGACGUAGCGACGGACUCCCUGCCAGCAACUGCUGCUACUGCUACUACACCCACCAGGCGCGUUGGAAGGCCGCCAAAGUAUGACUGGGCCGACAAGAAGGAUCUCUGCUAUCGCCUCUAUGUCACCGAACAAAAGAGCGGGGCAGAGAUAGUCAAGUAUUUCGCAGAGACGUUCAGGACCAACCCGAGCGAUAUACCAUGCAAACGUGGUUUCCUUCGCCAAUUCUCGCUAUGGGGAUUCCCUACUCAUGCAAAAAAGCUAUCUCAAGAUGAAGAGGAGGCCGUCUCGAUUCGCAUGCAUGAGCUAUGGGAGCAGAAUAUGAGCCAGAAAGACAUGAAGCUUACCCUGGCAAACGAAGGAUGGCAAUUGAAAGACUAUGAAUUCAAUAAAAUCUGGAGGAAGAAUGGCCUAAGACUCAGACUUGGUAAGGGCUACAAAACCGCAGCAGCACUAGGCCCAGAACCGGCACCGGAGCAAGAAGAGAUCAAUCAAGACGUCCCACUGUCUUUGCCGAUGAGUACAGAGGAGCUUGCUCGACGACAGCAGAGACUCUUCGAGAUUCAGCUCGAGUCCGAUCAGAAGAUGGCCAACAAGAAACGUCGGCGCCGAAUUCGAGGAUACAGUCACUUACCUGCGGAUGCUCCCGGCACUGCGCCUAGAUACAACUCAGAGACCAGUCUUGACGAGAGCAAAGCCUACUUGCAUCUCACCAAUGAGAUGUACCAGACAAUACGGAAGGACUAUCAAGCUAUUUGUGAGGAGAUGGGAAUCAAGAAAAAGACCCAGUGCGCUGAAGGCGUUUGGGAGGAAAGUAAGGCCAAACUCAUUCGCGAGAACAUGCACUUGAUCAAUAUGACGCAUCCACUACAACCAGACCAAGAUCGUAAGGCUAUUGCACUUGAAUGCAUAUGCGCAGAUGUGACGAAGCGCAUGCGAAACGCGGUCACGCAUUUGUCGGUAGCUCAGGCCAACAAUGUGCUUGGCAUCAAUCCAGCUACUAGCAAGAUGAUCCGACGCUCCUUCUACGAGAUCCUUGCUGCGGCCAACUUCGAGUCGCGACUUGUCAGCGGAGAAGACGAAUGGCAAGCUUUGAAACAGCAAUGGUACGAUGCAAACGAAAUCUUGCAAAAUGCAGUAAACGAGGGUGAUACCCAGAAGACCAAGGCAAUCGAUCUCCUGGGAAGCGAUGCAAUGAAACGCUUUCGGGAGGACAAGAACAAGCAAGGGUAUGGAGCUCCUGCUCAAAAGAAUGCGAGAUAUGGUCCAGGGCCCGGUGCAGCUUGGGCAACCACGAUACCACGAUCGACCAUAGUGGUUGAGUCCCCCGCCCCGCGCGAGUCUCCUCGCGGUGCUCAGAUAUCUCAGCCUCGAGCACGAGCAGCUGUCGAAAGUGGUUAUCCGUCACAACCGAAUGGCAAUUUCAUUGGCACUCUGGCUCAAGCGACAGGUGACAUCAACUUCGACCUCGAUCCAGCGCUUGCAACGCCGUUCGUACGACCUGCGGCGGAGCCAGAAGUGCUAGCUCAGCCCAUCGGAUCAUACUUCAGACUCGCCACGAAUUCCAAUCUCGUUGGGCAUCAUCCAAAGUUGUGGUUGGCGAAGCUGACUUCCAAAAGCAUGGCCGCUCUUCAUAAAGCAGCAACGAGCAAGGCUGGCGCUGCGAAAGUAGCCCAGAUCAAAGGCAUUGUGAAGAACGGGGAUGGUACCGAAGACAAUUGGCAAAUCGAUGAUGACGAUGAAUUGCAAGCGUACCUCGAUAUCGCUGGUGAAAAGCCAACGUUCGUCGUAUUGAUUGAAGCUGGUUACACUUGA